CUUUUGCCAUUUUUUCCAUCUCUCUCCCCUUCUCUCUCUCUCCAUCUACCUCUCUCUCACUCUCUCUCUCUUUUUUCUCUGCUCUCCUUUCUCAAAAAAGCCAUGACGGCGAUCCCGCGAUCAUCUUCGCCUCCGCGCCAUCUUUGUAUUAUUUCUAAUUUAUUUUAUUUUUUUUUUUCUUCCCGUGGAUGUCAAAGGCGUUGGAUGAAGAUAUUCUUUGCCCCACUGGAGUCUCCUCUCUCACCCGGCUCUCCCCGAUGUGAUCCGCGCUGAACGCCGCGCCGCCAGCCACCAUGUCUCGCCGCAAGCAAGGCAAACCCCAGCACUUAAGCAAACGGGAUUUUUCGCCAGCCGAGCCCCUCUCCACGGCCGCCGUCUCCUCGGAGGAGCUGUCGGAACGCUGCUCGGAGCACUCGGAGGAGAGCGGCAGCCUCAACGGGCACCACCCGAGCUCCGCCGUGAGCCGGUUGGCCCGGCUGGGUCACGAUGCCCACCCCUCUCUGGAGCAGGACCUGCUGACCUGCGGCCAGUGCCAAGCCACCUUCCCCCUGGCGGACAUCCUGCUCUUCAUCGAGCACAAGAGGAAGCGAUGCCACGGGCCGCCCUGCCUGGCCGGGGGCCGGGGGCUGGACAAGCCCCCCUCGCCCUCCCCCGGCCUGGCGCUCACCCCGUCGCCCGCCUUCGGCUCCCUGCGCAGCCGGAGGCCCGUGGAAGUGGGCGUCCAGGCCACGAUGGCAGACGACGACGACGACCGGUUCUCCUUUCCACGGGGGAUUUGCCCCAAACAGGAGCCCCUCCCAGGUAAGGAGGAGCCCACCACCUACACCUGCACUACCUGUAAGCAGUCGUACGGCAGCGCCUGGUUUCUGCUGCAGCACGCUCAGAACACCCACGGCUUCCGUAUCUACCUGGAGAGUGACCACGGCAGCCCUCUCACCCCGCGCAUGGGUGGGCCGUCGUCCCUGGGCGGGGGCGCCGACUGCCCCUCCCAGCCUCCCCUCCACGGCCUCCACCUGCCUCCCGACGCCAGCCCCUUCAACCUCCUGCGCAUCCCCGGCUCGGGCUCAGGUGGACGGGACAGCGUUGGGAUCGGGGGCGGAGUCGGUGCCAUGGGCACCGCCGGCGGGGGCCACCAUCAACGCUUCCCUCCCACGCCGCCCCUCUUCAGCCCCCCUCCGAGGAACCACCUGGACCCCCACCACCUGAGCCCAGAGGAGAUGGCGCUGGCAGCCCACCACCCGAGUGCCUUCGACAGGGUGCUGCGCCUCAAUCCCCCUCUGCCCCUUGACCCCCCUCCGACAAUGGACUUCUCGCGGCGGCUACGGGAGCUGGCGGGCAACACUUCAGGUUCCACUCCCCCGCUCUCCCCCAGCCGGCCCAGCCCCAUGCAGCGCCUGCUCCAGCCAUUCCAGACGGGAGGAGGAAGCGGGAGUGGAGGAGGCGCAGGGGGGAGCAAACCUCCAUAUCUCGCCACGCCACCCCCUCUUCCAGGCUCCAUGCAGUCGCCCGUGGGCUCUCAGACCACUCCCACGACCCCGCUACCCUCCGCAGGGGCCACGCCCUCCUCCACCACCCCCUUGAAAUCAAAGUGUUGUGAGUUUUGCGGCAAGGCCUUCAAGUUCCAGAGUAAUCUAAUAGUGCACCGGCGCAGCCACACGGGAGAGAAACCCUACAAAUGUCACCUGUGCGAUCACGCCUGCACGCAGGCGAGCAAACUGAAACGCCACAUGAAGACACAUAUGCACAAAUCCUCCUCGCCGAACACGGGCAAAUCAGAAGACGGCCUCUCAACGGCGUCCUCCCCGGAGCCCGGCACCAGCGAGCACUUGGGCAGCGCCAGCAACGCCCUGAAGUCCGUCGUGGCCAAGCUGAACAGCGAGAAUAACCGCAUGCUGCGUGAGAACGGGGAGGAGGAGGAGGAGGAAGAGGAGGAGGAAGAAGAGGAGGAAGAGGAGGAAGAAGAGGAGGAGGAGGAGGAAGAGGAGGGUGAAGAAGAAGAGGAGCAGAAUGGAGAUCGGGCAGCCAGAAGAACCAACAACACCAACAGCUACCACUUCGGGUUGAACCUCGAAGCGGCGCGUCAGCAUGAAAACAACGGCGGUAUCGGAAGCCGGCUGGGAGGAGUCGCCGACGAAGGGCCCAUCCCCCGCUCGCUGCCCGAGGUGAUGCAGGGGAUGGGGCUCGCCGCCAGCAUGCACCACUUCAGCGAAGCCCUCAGCGCGCACAAACGAAACGCCAUGGCCAAGGAGAACCACCUGCACCAUCACCUCAACCAAGACCACCACCACAACCGCGAGAUGUGCGACGGGGACUCGGUGUUGGAAACAGAUCGCGGGCAGGAAGGCUCCGUGUCGACGGUCAACGGGCGGGGCGCGUCCCCCAACGAAUCCGCCUCUGUCGGCCUCUCAAAAAAACUUCUUCUGGGUAGCCCCAGUCCGCUCAGCCCGUUCACCAAACGCAUCAAGCUGGAGAAGGAAUUCGACCUGCCCACUCCCACGAUCCCCAACACGGAGAACGUCUACUCCCAGUGGCUGGCCGGCUACGCCGCCUCCCGACAACUCAAGGACCCUUUUCUGAACUUUGGGGAUUCCAGACAAUCGCCCUUCGCCUCUUCGUCCGAGCAUUCGUCCGAGAAUGGCAGCCUCCGCUUCUCGACCCCGCCGGGGGAGCUGGACGGCGGGAUGUCGGGCCGCAGCGGGACGGGCAGCGGGGGCAGCACGCCACACCUCGGCGGCCGGCCCAACUCCAAGGACGGCCGCAGGAGCGACACUUGCGAGUUUUGUGGCAAGGUGUUCAAGAACUGCAGUAACCUGACAGUGCACCGGCGCAGCCACACGGGGGAGAGACCGUACAAGUGUGAGCUGUGCAAUUAUGCUUGUGCCCAGAGCUCCAAACUUACUCGCCACAUGAAGACCCAUGGUCAGGUGGGCAAAGACGUGUACAAGUGUGAAAUUUGUAAGAUGCCCUUCAGUGUCUACAGCACCUUGGAGAAACACAUGAAAAAAUGGCACAGUGACCGUUCUUUGAGUACCGAAAUAAAGUCAGAGUAGAAGGCCGAACUAUGGGACCUUUCCCCCCGCAACUAUGUCCGCCAUCAGUCCCCUGUUUAUUCCCGGCCCCUUGUAGAUUUGCCCCAACCCUAACACUCCACUUUCGCCAGUCUGGUGGAAGCUUAAGACCAUGUGCUCUGCACCAGCACACCCCGUUUCCAUUACCCAUUGAAUGCAUGAUCUGUAUCGGGGCAAUACUCUGCAUUGACGCAAAACUUCGAGCCUUUCUCUUGUGCAAUAAUUUACAUGUUGUGUACUAUUUUUCUUUUUUGAGUUUUCCUUUUCCAUUUUUAAGAAUUAGUCAGCAUGCAUAGUAUGUUUUUGCUAAUCAAAAAAAAAAAAGAAAAGAACUUGUCCCUGGUUGGUUAGUUGUUGAGUAAAUGUGUUGCUGUUUUUCUCUUGUUCUGUUUUUUCUUUUUAUUCUUCAAAAAGAGAAAAGACAAGAAAGAUUACAUUCAUGCUGCAUACAUUCUGUAACACAUAUCAUGUACAGUUUUGUUUUGUAACAUGGAAAAGUGAACAGUCUAUGACUUGACCCGACUCUUAUAUAUAUAUAUACAACCCUGGAAAUGCACUCAUCCUGAUCUUUCUAAAAGACGGCAUGUUCACGCAGGGUUAAAAAAUAAAAUGCAUUGGCUUCAUGGCUGAACUUAAAGUGACGACAGCCUUCAAAAUUUCUUUCAAAAAGACAUGGGUGUGCUACGAAUUCAAUCUGUACUAUCAUUUGGAAGAAUAAGAAAGAGUGCCUUUGAUAUCUCAAGACUGCAUCGGCCAUAAUCUUAUCUGGUAUAAGUUUGGGGUCACAUUUGACAAAGCUAAAAAGGUUCAAGCCACCCAGGAAAGGUCCUUGCAUCAAGCACCUGACUGCUCAAAACGGACUGUGACAACUCAUGAUGAAAGAUCAGAGAGUUCUCGUUAAUCAUCACUUAGCUACCUAUUACAUGUUCAAUAGGCUAUCUUUAAUAUGUGGAUUUCAUGGCAAGCAUGGUACAAGCAGUAUUGUGUAUAUCUGAAUUAUUUGUAGUUUUGUUUCUGGUAAGGAGGUACUUUUGAGAUAAAGGUAAUCUGUAAUGUACAAUCCUGAACUCGAGGGAUACAGCGCAUGGCUGAGAAGCGUCGUGUAUCUAGCGUUAGCACAAAAAACCUAUACGACGCCGCGUCGAUAUGUCAGUGUGUGGAACAAUGCAUAAAAGUAAUAUAUGAGCUCCGACUUUAUUUGAGAGCAUUGAAAUAACUACAAGCUAGACAGACAGAAAGCUACACAGAACUGGAAGCUACGGUUUACGGGGACGGGAGCCAAUCUCUUUCACUUUACAUUAUCAAAAACAGGGUCAUUAGCUAUGAAUUGCAGAAAAAAGAAGUGCAAAAAAUAUCCGUACUCCAGGGCUCUUUAGAAGAGUGAAUGCGAUAAUUUUAAUCAGUAUGCAUAGGCUAAUGCAGGGCACAUUUUUUUUAUUUUUGUUUGCUGUUGCUUUUCAACCCAAAUGGAUUUUUUUUUCCUUGUUGAGUUUCAUUCUAGCUGUUCGUAGUAUAAAGCACUCUGCCUGAGAGUAACAUCUCUCUUGCAUUUUCCCACACUGAUGCAAUGUUGGAUUGAAAAAAAAAGCUAGAUUGUCAUUUAUAGGACAUGAAGUGCAC